AUGACUAUCCCGGAGAAGCAAUGGGCCCAAGUGGUCGAGAAGAAAGGUGGACCCCUUGUUUACAAGGAGAUCCCCGUUGCAAAGCCUGGCCCGGACGAGAUUUUGGUCAAGAUCCGGUAUACCGGAGUUUGCCACACCGACUUGCACGCCAUGAAGGGUGACUGGCCACUCGAGUUGAAGCUUCCUCUCGUGGGCGGACAUGAAGGAGCUGGCGUGGUCGUCGCCACGGGUGAACUCGUCAAUGAGUUUGAAGUUGGAGACCACGCUGGUAUCAAAUGGUUGAACGGAUCCUGCUUGGCUUGUGAGUUCUGCAAGCAGGCCGACGAACCCCUCUGUCCUCACGCUUCGCUAUCCGGCUACACCGUCGAUGGUACGUUCCAGCAGUAUGCCGUCGCCAAGGCCAGUCAUGCGUCGAAGCUUCCCAAGGAAGUUCCCCUUGAUGCUGUCGCUCCGAUCCUCUGUGCCGGUAUCACCGUCUACAAGGGAUUGAAGGAGUCUGGAGCCCGUCCCGGCCAGACUGUCGCCAUUGUCGGCGCCGGAGGUGGACUCGGAUCGCUGGCUCUGCAGUACGCCAAGGCAAUGGGACUUCGUACCAUUUCUAUCGACGGUGGCGAUGAGAAGAGAGCCAUGUGCGAGAAACUCGGAUCGGAGGCAUACAUCGACUUCAAGACGUCCAAGGACGUGGUUGAGGACGUCAAGGCAGCCACUCCGGAAGGUCUGGGUGCUCAUGCUGUGAUCCUUCUCGCUGUGGCCGAAAAGCCCUUCCAGCAAGCAACCGAGUACGUUCGCUCCAAGGGUAGUGUCGUCGCUAUCGGCCUGCCAGCCGGCGCGUUCCUUCGAGCCCCUGUCUUCAACACCGUUGUCCGUAUGAUCAACAUUAAGGGAAGCUACGUUGGCAACCGACAGGAUGGCGUGGAAGCGGUAGACUUCUUUGCUCGCGGACUCAUCAAAGCUCCGUUCAAGACGGCUCCUUUGGAGGAUCUGCCGCGCAUCUUCGAACUGAUGGAACAAGGCCAGAUCGCCGGUCGGUAUGUCCUUGAAGUACCUCAGUAAGUGAGUAGACACGGGAAAGAACUGGCGUUAGGACAUGGCUUCACGAGUUGCUGGUCAGACGGGAGUGUUAAACCAAUCCUGAACAUGCAUUGUACUGGAAGUGACUACUAUGAUGGGCUUACGACUACGAUAAUAUCUCCAUGGCAUGUUAAACAUGAUAAAUAAUACUAAAUAAUCGAUUCCUUCUAUCACAUCCACACGUGAUACAACAUAUAUCAAGUAGACGAGGCACGCUCUGCUGCAACUCACAUUGUCUUUACAUCCAUGCUUCACCCAUCAUACACAAUCAUCACUCACACAUCGCCCAUCACCUGCAAGACUAAACAUAUAAUAAGUUGUACUGAUUAGAACAAAAUCCCGAAUAUAUAUACAA